AUGCAUGCACAAGUGAACAGGAAGGAACCAGACGGUGUUAUGGAAUCUGCAGAAGAGUUAAUUAAUUUUAAUGUUGGUGGCUGAUAUUUCUCAAUUCCCAGAAGUCGUCAGUUUCCUGAAUCUCUGUUGUGGGAAGAAGCUUCUGUACAAGAUCAGUCUGAAAAUCUAAGAUUAUUCACUGACCAAGAUGAUUUUGUAUUUAGGCACCCUCAUUAUUACAUGCAGACUUCAAGGUUUUUUUUCAGCUGUGCUGAAUUGAAUCUAUUGUAUGAGCAAGCAUUAAUUUUGCAGCUGACACCUUUACUACAGAUUUUAGAUAAUUUGAAGGAGGAGAAAUAUAAUAUACGUGUCCAGCCUGCAGAUACACCAGUACCAGUAGCCGGCACAUCGUUUCUGAAUUACUGGCGAACACAAGGAUGUGCCAGCAAGCCAUCAGAGAGUCCCAACAGCCCUGCAUUCACAGGGUUACAUGAAAGAACUCCCCUAGGGCUAGUGGAUACAUCCUUACUAGAUACAGAACAUGGCCAUUAAUGGUUUUUGCCACUAGAUUUGGUGGCAUAUCUUGUCCUAGUUAAUGAUGUCAAUUUGCUGUGGCUGCUUGAGAAUGCAGCCCUGAUCAAGUGCAAGUGCAGUGAGUUGCGCUUCACACAUAAUUUUCUUCUCUCAGAGAAGAUGUUGUUGCCUGAUAACUUCUCUGACAUAGUCGCGACCUCCUCUUCUUGCAGGCAACUGCUCCACGGGGAUGGGGGACGGUGGGGGGCAGCAGAAGGGGAGUCCCCACUGCAGUCACCGCUCCAUGCCAUGGCACUGGGGCUGCUGGCCAACCACCCAGAGUCGGCUCCGGGACAGAGCUGCCUGCGCCUCUCCGCCAACGGCGUCCUCUUCCAGCACACCAGGAAUUGGCUGGGAACUGGCCGACUUCCUCUCACUGAAAAUAUUUCUGAAAUCGAAGAGCUCUGUGCUUAUUUCAACCAAAGGGACACCGCAUAUAAGCCAAUGAAAGAUGCUUUACAAAGCUGUCUGAAACAACAGAUGCCAGCAGAGCAUGCAGACUGGACAGCGGAAGUAUUCGUAUGCUCACUCUAUCAGACUGUAUAAAUUUAUGUAGGAAGUAACUGGUAUGAAACUUGUUUACAGACUUUAUUGAAGUGCCCAGAACUGCUGUCAAACGACAAGAAAGUUUGUUGGAUCACAUGUUGUCAAACUCUUCUGAUCUAUGGAGAUGGGCAAAUGUUUUGGCACAUUUUCAACUUCCUAAGACUUGGGAAAUUCAUUUUGCCAAAUGAAUUUAAAGAAUGGCCUCCCUUUGGUCAAGAAGCAGAGGAGUAACAGAUCCCUUCUCUGUUAGAGGCUCUUUAUCACUCUGAUGCAUACAGAAGAUUAAGUAUCAUGUCUUGGAAUGAAGAGCAUGAGUUCAGCAAAGACCCAGAAGAAGUGUACUCAUGUGCAGCUGUGGAUUCCACAAAAUGCUGUAUUAAUAUGUGGAGUAAUACAAAAGACCUGAAGGGAAAGCAAGAGACCAGUGGGGUGAAGUAUUCCGAAAUGAUUUUGCAGGUUAAAGGGAUAAAGCGGAGGAACCCACUUGGAGGAUACGACACAUGCUCGGACAGGCUGGUAAACUCCAGCUUUUACAAACAUUUGGGAAGCCCUUCGAGGAAGAGAGGAAUGAGAAGCAGUUUAACAGAGAAAGUAGAAAGUAAAGACUCUGCAAGUCACAUCCAGAAAUUAAUUUCCCUGGUAAAGGGAUGGGACACGGUGAGCUCCAAAAGGUGUGAUUUUCAGCACGUGAGAACAUCUGACAGCAGUAUCCCAGGGAGUGUAUCUCAGUGCAACACUCCUGAAAAGGACAGAGGUGUCAGAGCUCCUGUUGCCUCUGCUCCUGGAAAAAUAAGCUUUACAAUUCAAGGGAAUGAUCACAUUAUCCAAUGUGAAGUCGGGGCUGAAGGAGAGCGGCUGGAGAAGUACGUGUUCACACAGAGUUUGCCAGUUACUCCAAGGGCUGGAACGCAUCAAUGCAGCACCAUAAAAACUACUCCUGCAGUAGGAAACGAUGCAGAGAAUGUAAACAGGGAGCAACCAGAAGGUAGAUGA